AUGCCAGCUGGGGGCGGCAAAAUGCGGUUCAGAGCAGCGGCUGUGCCUGAGGGUGUGGGGCCCCAGUGCAGCGAGUGCGGCGGCCGCUGCUUAAUAGGGGGCCCCCUAUACAGUGGAAGAUACUACGACCCAGAUUUUGUUGAUAUGUGCCUGGAGGUGUUAGAAAACAGCAAGGAGACACUUCCGGGGCUGACGAUGCAGGAUCGCAUUAGGGGGAUGCUGACGGCUUUGCGUGAGGAGCUGCCCGACGUUGCUCUGCACUAUCAGCUGCCGUCUUUAUGCACGCGAAAUAAACUCAGCAUGAUUCGUCCUUCUUGUUUUAUGACGAAAGGCAUUGAUUUGUCUCCUCCUUCUGUUGAUGAGAAGAACAAACAGCCGGGGAGACAAGUCCCCCGCUGGCUCCCAAACCCCACACCGAACUGGGGGCCCAAGAGCAGAGCGGGUAAACGCAGGGCUGAGAUGGACAAGGAUGAGGCCUCCUCCAGCACUAAGAAGCCGAAAGAGGAACGACCAAAUUCUAACACCCCACAGGGAGACAACGCGGGGGGCCCCACAGCGGCGAACCCCCUUCUCUAA